CGAGCUCCAGAGGCGUCCUAUACGCUCACAUGAGUCCAUCAGCCUAUUGGCUGCGGCGUAAGGGGCGGGGCCUGGCACAUCGGUUCGAAGGCUGGGUUGGAGGCCGGCGACCGUAGCGAGCGACGCUUUCAGAAGCGGACGCGAUGGCGACUGCAAUGGCUGCUACGGCGGCGGAGCGGGCUGUUCUGGAGGAGGAGUUCCGGUGGCUGCUUCACGACGAGGUCCACGCUGUGCUGCGCCAGCUGCAGGACAUUCUCAAGGAAGCCUCGUACCGAUUCACUCUGCCUGGGACUGGAACAGAAGGACCAGCCAGACAAGAGAACUUCAUCCUUGGCAGCUCCAGCACUGACCAGGUGAAGGGUGUGCUGACUCUGCAAGGGGAUGCACUGAGCCAAGCGGAUGUGAAUCUGAAAAUGCCCAGAAAUAACCAGUUGUUACACUUUGCAUUCCGAGAAGACAAGCAGUGGAAACUGCAGCAGAUCCAGGAUGCCAGGAAUCAUGUUAGCCAAGCAAUUUAUCUCCUUGCCAACCGGGAUGAGAGCUACCAAUUCAAAACAGGAGCUGAGGUCCUCAAGCUAAUGGAUGCAGUGAUGCUGCAGCUAACCCGAGCAAGAAAUCGGCUCACCACUCCAGCUACACUUACCCUGCCUGAGAUCGCCGCCAGUGGCUUGACGAGGAUGUUUGCUCCUGCUUUGCCUGCAGACCUUCUGGUGAAUUUUUACAUCAACCUUAACAAGCUGUGCCUUACCGUGUACCAGCUGCAUGCUCUGCAACCCAGCUCCACCAAGAACUUCCGCCCUGCGGGGGGUGCUGUACUUCACAGUCCAGGAGCCAUGUUUGAGUGGGGCGCCCAGCGCCUGGAGGUGAGUCACGUGCACAAGGUCGAGUGUGUGGUUCCCUGGCUCAAUGAUGCCCUCGUCUUCUUCACUGUCUCCCUACAGCUGUGCCAGCAGCUCAAGGACAAGAUCUCAGUCUUCUCCAGCUACUGGAGCUACAGGCCCUUCUGACCAAGAGAAGCCUCUGACAAAUUUCCCCCAAUAAAGGAGGUGCCUAGUCCAUGGAUUUGGUCCCCAAGAAGGCUGAGCCAACCCCCAGGAGUGAAUCCCUGGAGGAUGCAAUAUAGACAAGGU